UUUUUCCCUUUUCUUUCUUUUGGAGUAAACCAUUUUCUCAUCAUAAAAGAAAAAGCUUCUGGUUCCAUCAUAAACUAAAGAGCUUCUGGUUUAGCUUCAAUGGUAAGGGCACACCAUCCUCUUUUUAACACACUCUCUUCCUUGCUUGGGGUCGUGCAUUCAUGAAAUUCAGUUGAUCAAUCAGGUAAUCAAAAGCUAUUAUUUUUUGUUUGUCUUUCCAUAGAUGGAAAUGUUUCAGACAAUUAUUGUUAUUUCGACAUUUCUGAUGAUGCUACUGAGUUUAGUAGUUUGUUCAGAAGAAAGCAACAGCGGUCCAAAUGUGACAUCAAAGUAUCAGAUCGAAUGCACAAUGUGUUCCUCAUGUGAAAAUCCGUGUCAGCAAGUUCCAUCACCGCCACCACCACCAUUUGUUAACACCAAUUACUGCCCACCACCUCUAUCUCCAUCCAGCUCUGGUGGUGGCGGUAGCUAUAUCUACUACUCUCCACCACCACCUAAGUCAGGCGGCAAUAACUACUUUGCACCACCACCACCAAGUGGUGUCAUUGGUGGCAUGUACUAUCCUCCACCAACGUACAAAAACUACCCAACACCGCCACCUCCCAACCCUAUUGUCCCUUACUUUCCUUUCUACUACCACACUCCUCCACCUCCUUCAGGGUCUGGAAAGUUGUUAGCUUGUUGGGUUUCUUCUUUUGCUGCUAUAGUUGGUCUUUUCCUUUGUGUCUUUUGAUAUUGAAAGCUAAAGAAGAAUAAAAAAAAUGGUGAAAAUGGCAGAUCUAGGAAACUUCUACAGAUGAGAGAAAGAGAAAAAGAAAGCUGAUGGGAGCUGCUUUCAAUGCUUACCAAAAAGGCACUUCUUUUAUGAUGAAAAUUGACACAGAAAGCAACAGGGAUGAAGUCAUGGAACUGAGAACCUAAAGAUAUGGAGUAAUCUUCUCUCUUUUCUCUGGCUCACUAUUUUCUUCUCAUG